GUUGAGGUCAUUCUCGGUGUUGUCCAACCACAGCCGCACGGCCACCGCGUUGCCCUCCCGGCACUGCGUGAAGAUGUCAUCCAUCGCGGCUGGGGCGGCUCCGGCGGCGCAGGGCGGUGGCUGUGCGGGGCUGUGCGUGGCUCCGCCCCGGCCGCACGCAGCGCCCCCUGCCGGCCCCGCACGGCGGAGGAACCGGCGGGAACGACAAGGGGCGGUGCGGGAACGGAGCGGAGAUGGGCGGGGAACGAGGGCGGGGAGAACCGGGGGGAGGAACCGGGGGGAGGGGCCGAGGGGCUCUGGGCGGUGCCGGUCGCUGCCGUUCACCCUCCGCUCCGCACGGGGCGCUGCCUCGUGUGCCCGGGGCUGCUCCGGCCGCCGGUGCACGUGGGGUCCGGGCGCUGGGUUCGGUCCGUGCCGGUUCCGCUCGGUCCCGUCGCCGCCGUGGCGAUGUUCGAGGUGGAGGAGUGGGACGAGGGCGCGGACGGGCUGGCGCUGCCUCGGGCCGUGCCGGAGCUUCGUGCUGAUGCCAAAGGUCAGCGCCGCGAUGCAGCGGAAGCGGCGGCAGCGCCUCGUGGCCACGUUGCGGCGGCUGCAGGCGGCGGGACCGGGACCGGGACCGGGACGGGACGGCGAAGAGGCUCGAAAGCGGCCCGGGAAGCGCGUGAGAACCGAGAGGGACCGAACCGCGGCGGAGGCGGCUCCGGAGGAACCGCAGCCCCGGGACGGAGGCGGCAACGCGGGGAACGAGGCGGAGCUGCCGCCCCGGGUCACCGCGGAACCGCCCCGAAGGAACGUGCAGCCCGCGGGGGGGGCGGGAGGCUCCGGAGCUGCGGCACCGAGACUGAGCAGGAAACAGUGGCGGAAUAAACAGAAAAACAAACGGCGGCAGGAGAAGCUGAAGGCGGAGAAGCUGAAAGCGGAGCAGAACGGGGCCGGGGGCGGCUGCACCGGGCGGGAUGAGCCCGAACCGACCGAACCCGAACCGCCCGAACCGGACGCGGUUCCCACGGGGCGGUCGGCGGCGCUGCGGGCCCGCAUGGAGGAGCGGCUGCUGGCCGCGCGGUUCCGGUACAUCAACGAGCGGUUGUACACCGGCACCAGCCGCGACGCCGUCGAGCUGUUCCGGAGCGACCCCGAGGCGUUUCACAUCUACCACCGCGGCUUCGCGCUGCAGGUCCAGCGGUGGCCGCAGAACCCGGUGGAUUCCAUCAUCCAACGGCUGCGGCAGCGGUCGGCCUCGCUGGUGGUGGCAGAUUUUGGGUGCGGGGAUUGCAAGAUCGCCAACAGCGUCCGGAAUAAGGUGCACUGCUUCGACCUGGUGCCUCUCAGCCCCCUGGUCACCGUCUGCGACAUGGCCAAGGUGCCGCUGGCGGAUGAAUCAGUGGAUAUCGCAGUGUUCUGCCUGGCGCUGAUGGGCACCAACCUGCAGGAGAUCCUGGAGGAGGCCAACCGCGUUCUGAAGCUGGGCGGGACCCUGAUGGUGGCCGAGGUUUCCAGCCGCUUCGAGGAGCUCCGGGCCUUCAUGAACGGGAUGGCGCAGCUGGGCUUCAAGAGCGGCAGGAAGGACGUGUCCAGCUCCUUCUUCUUCCUGCUGGAGUUCACCAAGGUCCGGCCGCCAUCACACCGGCCGUGCCCCGCGCUGCGCCUCCUGCCCUGCCGGUACAAGCGGCGGUGACACACCGGGACACCGGGCCGGGACUGACGGCGGAACGACCGGACCGUGCGGGCGGAACCGACGGGGGAACCGGCAGCGCGGCCGACAGCGGGCGGAACCGACGGGCGGGGCGGGGCUCCAGGCGCGGACGGAGCCGGGUCCAUGUGGGUUCAUACGGGUCCUUACGGUUCCAUACGGGUCCACACGGAUCCAUACGGGUCCAUAUUGCUCCAUACGGUGCCGUCCCGGUGCGCAGGCGCAGUGCUCAAUAAACGCCCGUUUCCGUUC